GUCUGUUCAGCAGUAGGGUCACAUUAUGAAGAAGUCAAGAAGACUACUGGCCCUGCUCCUGCUGUCUACUGUAUUAUCUAGCAGGGGAAUGUGGUGCAUGGCAGGAGACGUCUGUAGCUGGAAAGGAAGUGGUCUUAGUUGGGACGCACGCUCACGAGCUGUUGAACAAGUUCAUCUCCGCUGUACAGAAGGUUCUUUGGAAUGGAUGUAUCCAGUACGAGCCUUGCGUGUUAUUAUUGAACCCAACCUUGUCAACAGCAAACAUACCACUGUCUGCAUUAAGCCUCACUCACAAUUUCAGGGUGCUCACCUUUAUGUAGAGAAAAGAGAACUGCACCUUCUAGUAAGUGAGAUAGAUGGAGUAAAGAAGGUGCAUUGCUUUGGUAUGGACAGUUCUCAGAGAGUAGCUCUGUUCUUACAGGCCAGUCCAUAUAAGAAUCUGAGCAGGAGGACAGCAGGGUUUCAAUAUGAGCUACUAAACAACCGAACAUCUGGACCUGUAUUCCAAAAGUUUGCACUAGUGAAUGAUGCUUGUCGGCCUUGUGACAACGAAGACCUUCUUAUGGCUGUUUGCACUAGUGACUUUGUGGUAAGGGGCUCCAUUUUACGUGUUACCCAUGACAUGGAGACACAGAUUUCUCAAGUGGACAUAAAUGCUUUAAAAGUUCACAGACAAACUAACAGUAUUUUCCAGCCAGAUGACCAAACUAGAACAUGGACUGGACCCAUCAGAACUUUAUUGCAGUGCAGAGUCAAGAAAGGAGAUGGCGAUUUUCUUUUUACUGGUAGUGAACAUUUUGGAGAUGCCUGGCUGGGAUGUGCCCCUCGAUAUAAGGACUUUCUAGAGAUUUACCAGAAAGCCAAAAAGCUGAGAAGUAACCCUUGUGAUUUCCAGAUAUGAACGUUGUUUUUCUGUGUGAUAUUUCAUUCUUCUGCUAUUAAGGGGGUACUCCAGUGGAAAAAAAAUAAAAUAAAAAUCAACUGGUGCGAGAUAGUUAAA